AUGGCGCAGUUCUCCAUCAACUUGGUCACCAUCGCGAUCAUCGGCAAGCUGCUCGGGGUGGACGAGAUGGGCGGCGCCACCCUGGCGCUGAGCUUGGUCAACGCGACGGGCUUCGCCGUCGGGACGGGCCUCUGCGGGGCCCUCGAGACAGUGCUCUCGCACGCCUACGGGGAUUGGGAGAAGCAGCAGCAGCUGACGGCCAAGGGCGACGCGAGCUCAAGCGCCCCUUCGGACACCGAACCCGAUGCCAUGCGGGGCGACAAGGGGAAGGAGGCUUUGCGACUCUACAUCUAUGGCACCUACGCGCAGCGUAUGACCUUGAUCUUGCUUCUGGCGGCCUUUCCUCUCGGGAUUAUCCUGUGUUUUGUUGAUCGUGUUCUUCAGCUUUUCGAGGAUAGCCCGUCUACGCUUUACUACAUGGCCUCCUGGUGUACUAUUGUCAUCUUUGGGCUGCCGGUGACGUUGCUGAUUCCUCUUAUCCAGCGGUACUACUCCUGCCAACGUGUAACCAAACCGUUGUUGGUGGCCCUGUUUCUGGCGGCGGCUGUGAAUCCUGGUUUACAGGUCGGUUUUAUAAAGCUUAUGGGUUACAAAGGUUCGACGGUGGCAUGGAUGCUGCUCAUGUUGGGUCUUCUACUCGGUAUUAUUCUUCAUAUUCGAUGGACUGGGUUGUACCGUCUGACAUGGGGGGGGUGGAAUCAACAGAGCAUACAGAACUUGGGGCCUCUUACAAGACUUGCACUUCCCUCAUUAGGCAUGAUGAUGUGUGAGUGGGUGGCAGUGGAAGUAGUCGCCCUUAUCGCUGGUUCUGCGCCAAGUAAUGAUUUGGCCGCUUUUUCAAUUUCUCUGAACAUUUUUGGACUUCUGUGGGGUGUCACUUCAGGGGUGAUUAUCAUUACGUCUGUAUUUGUAGGAAACGCGAUUGGGGGACGAAAACCACUCUUUGCACGCCGUAUUGCCUUAAUUUCCAUUGUCUUGGUCUUUUGCAUCUCAUGCAUUGACGUUUUGCUUAUAUUACUGUUGAAUCCAUAUAUUCCCUCUUUUUUUACGAACGAACCCAAAGUGGUUGUGAUCUACCAAAAAAUUAUGCGCAGCGCCCUUCCUUACCAUAUUGUAGAUACUCUUCAAAGUACUAUGAUGGCGAUUUUGAGAGGAUGUGGGCUGCAAUCGCUCGGUGCGAUUAUCAUUUCUAUUGCUUUGUGUGUUGUAGGUGUUCCACUCAGUUGUAUACUUUUUUUUCACUUUAAACUUGGUGUUGUGUCCCUUUGGGUAGGUCUUUUAAUCGGCGUUGGUGGCGUGGGGGUGCCACUGUACCUGUAUGUUAUAUUUAGAUACAUCGAUUGGAAAAGUUUGAAGCCCCAUAAUGACGACUCAAUCCAUCUUUAA